GCCUCCUGCCCGUGCUGGCGGAGAUGGCGGCGAUCGAUGUCGUCGACGUUCGGACCGACAUGAGGCUUCAGAGGUUCGACGGUACGGACGAGAGAUGGGCAGACUGGAGCCUCAGGUUCGAGGCCUACACCGCGCUGCUUGGCAUGGAGGACCUCAUGACGGAGGCGGCCAACAGGCGCGACCCACUGGCAACGGACCAGCUGGGGGACCAGGCGAGAGCGGUCAGCCAGAGGCUCUGGCACCUGCUGAUCACGUGGUGCGACGGCAAGUCGCUGGGUGUGGUCAAGCUCUCGAGGUGGACGGCCAUGCUGCGCUUCAUCCUGAACCCUCAGGACAAGUGGGCGAAGGAUCGGGAGUCGGGCAUCGACUUCUUUCAGUCUCUCACGGCGUGGGAGGCCAUCGUCGCAGAGUACGUGGACCAGAGCGGCGAGGCGGUCUCGGACAACGUUCGAGUCAGCGUGCUGCUAGAGCACGCGCCAGAGCCGUACCGUGAGGUCCUUCGGCAGGCGCCUGAGGAGGUGAAGCUCACGUUCGCAGCGGCUCGGAGUCACAUCAGGGGCUACUACAAUCAAGGGCGGACGUUCACCCACGUCCCAGACACUGGCGGGGUCGUGCCGAUGCAGGUGGAUGCAGUUCGAGUUGGACCGCAUGGCGGCAAGUCGCACGGGAAGUCGGGCAAGACAGGCAAGAUGGACAAGUCAGGGAAGGCUGGCAAGAAUGUGAAGGGCUGCAAGGACUCGAAGACGAAGUCCAAGAACCGCGACGGCAAGCAGGGCCAUGGCAAGGGCCAGUCCGACUACUUCGACGGCGAGUGUGGCUACUGCGGCAAGUGGGGCCACAAGCGGGCCGACUGCAGGAAGAAGAGGGCAGAUGAGGCCAAGAAGGAGACUGGCAACACGCGCGCGGUUCAGGGAGAUGGAUCGGCCUCGAGCUCGGGACAGCAGCAGUCCGAGGGCGGGGUCCGCGCCGCGUCGGGCUACUACGACGGCGUUCCCGACGGCUGGGUGUUUGCGGUCUCAGCGGCGACGAGCGGCCAGGUGGCGAAGGUUGGAGGCUCCAUCCUGAUCGACAGCGGCAGCGACGACCACCUGUGCAGGCACAAGUUCGUCCCAGAGGCCCCAGUCAACAGUGCGACGGAUGCCCCCAGGCUUUUCGACGUGCAGCAGCGACCGCUGCCCACAGCGGGCCUACGGGGUGUUGAGAUGACGAUGCAGGAGGGCAUCAAGGCGACGGCAGACUUCCUCGUUGCCGAUGUGAAUGACGACCUGCUGAGCAUGGGCAAGCUGCUCAGGCAGGGUUUCAGGUUCAACCUCAGUAUGGAGGACGGGCUCUACAUGACGAAGGGUCACCGCAGCGUGCAGCUCGAGUUGGAGCGGAACAGCCUUAGGCUCCCGAUCGUGUCCGCGAGCCCUGCGCCAGCGCCCCACCACUGCUGCGGCGCGGCGGACCAGCAGCAGGCAGCGACGGCACCAGUGCUCACAGCGGAGAGCUCGGUCGGCGCGAUGAGGACCAGGCUGAGGGAGCUGUUCAUGCCGAUCUACGGCACGAAGUUGGAGCUGUGGGGGCGGCUCAUUGUGGCAGAGGCGGCUGCCAGGCGCUCGGAGGCGGAGAGGCUGCACAAGCUGGCGGUGAAGGAGCAGCUCGGGAUUCAGCACGAUCCAGUCGAGCCGAAGCAGCUUCCAGUUCCGAAGGCCCCGAGCGCGGAGGAGGAGAGACAGCAUCGCCUCACGCAUCUCCCUGCUGCUCCGUGGUGCGAGGAGUGUGUCAGGGCCAAAGCUCCUGAUGCACCUCACUCGCUGGUCAGGCUCGAGGACUCAGAGCAGAAGCACCCACUCAUCAGCUACGACUUCGGCUUCUGCAAGACAGCCGACGAGGAAGGGGACCUGACCAAGGUAGAGGACACCUACGCGACGAUGCUGGUGGCGUUCAGCUCUGACACUGGAGUGGUGAAGGUUAUUCCGUGUGCGUCAAAGGCAGCUUCACCAUACGCCAUUGCAGGCAUCAAGUCCUUCGUGCAGAGGCUCGAGACGGGCAAGUGCAGGCUCAGGACGGACACGGAGCAGGCGACGAAGGCCAUCAUGGACGGCGUGGUCAGCGAGCUCGCGGGCAAGGUCACGGCAGAGCUGACCCCCAAGCACAGCAGCCAGUCGAACCCAGCGGAGGCAGCGGUGAAGAUAGUCGAGGGCCAGACGAGGGUUCUUAGGCUGGACCUCGAGAAGCGCUACGACACGAAGGUGACGGCGGCCAUGCCAAUCUGGGCGUGGAUGAUGCGUCACGCUGGGUGGCUUCACGAGAGGUUCUCGAGGAGAGCUGGAGGUCAGAGCCCGCACGAGAUCGCGACAGGCACGCCGUACAAGGGCGACAUCUGCAACUUCGGCGAGACGGUGCUGUAUCGGAUUGCGCGUCCUGCGCAUCGAGGUCUCACUGGAGGUCGGCGUCUGCAUCGAGGCGAGGCUCAGUGGGGCAAAGGGAUCUGGGUCGGCAGGUCGGACGAGUCGCAGGAGCACCUGGUGAUGACGCCUCGGGGGCUUGACCGCGCACGGACGGUGCGACGGCUCCCUGAGGGAAGGCAGGCUGACAAGGAGCUCCUCAUGACGGUGACGGGGCUGCCUUGGGCUGCGAGGACGGCCCCCGAGAGGUCGAAACGCAGGCGGGCGCCUCAGCAGAUCGCGACGGAGCUACCGAGGGCAGAAGGACCUCUUCAGCCUGACGCUCCCCAGCCGCAGCAGGCAGGACAGCCAGAGGGCGGAGCAGCGCCUGCUCAGCCUCAGGCACCGCAGCAACCACCCCCGCCGGCAGCGGCAGCGGCUCAGCAGCCGCAGCCCCCAGCACCAGAGCCGCCGGCGCCCAGGGAUGUGGCGAUGGGGGCGGCGCCCUCGCAGGCAGCGAGACGUGGGGUCUCGCCAGCAGCAGAGGUCUCCGAAGGCAAGCGAGCACGAGUUGCAGCGGUUCACGCGCUGGAGGUUGGCAACGUGGAUGACUCGCCUGACGCGUUCUGGGAGGAGGUCUCGGAUGAGGUGGAGGACCCGACGGAUGGCAUGUUUGACGUGGACAUGCAGGAUGAGCUGGACAAGAAGCUCACCAUGGAGCACCUGCAGAGCCUCCUGGACCAUGGAGGCUUCCGCGACGAGCUGAAGCAGCAUGUGACCUUCAGCGGCGGGGAGAUCCACGAGUACGGCAUCACCUACGAGCACCUGAAGAGGCUGAGGACGAGGUACGAGCACGGCACAGAGCUGCAGGCCAACCCGAAGUACCUCGACUAG